UUUUCCGUAGAUUAGUCCGUCCACUCUGCCGGGAGGGACCCCCAACUCCAGCUCUCUCUAUCUCUGCAGAUCCCCUCUAUCUGUGUUGUGUGUUUGCUCUGCUCGUCCCGUAUUGUCGUAGCCCUCUCCCCCCGUCCGUCCGUACCUGCAGCUACCGCUCCAACCUCGAGAGAGAAGGAAAGAGUUGGUACAUCGAAGCGACAGCAAACGCCAUACUAUUCUGCCUAUAACCCGACAGACAGUAAAAGAACGCCCGCUCCCUAUCCCUCCGAUCCACCUACCAACACAUCUGCCGGAGACGGUGUGUGUGUUAUCAGAACACCCCUGAAUUUUAGGUAUCGUUUCCCUGCCCUUUUAACUUUUUUACGCGACAGAAGAAUUCGAUCACCGCAACUCUCUAAAAAUAUUUCACAAUCACUCGGCAAUCACUCAUACAAAAUUUUUAGGCAAACAGAAUGGUAUUGUAAUCCAUUGAAAAAAAAUCUGACAUUCGUGACGGCUUCAGACGCUGUAUUGUAUGGUACCACUGAAAGCAGACAAGGGAGCGCACGGUGGCUGCGUUUCUGCAAAGCAAGAGCACUCAGGCAGUUUGUAAACACUGCCACGGCAACAAGUAAACUACGCACUAUUCCUAACGGACAAGAGUUAAUAUACGAUCUGAUUUGAAAACUACAGACACUGAAUCUUCAUACAAUUGUAUACACUGUUGAUCUUUGAAGACCAACGUAUAAGAAUUGGACUGCAUACAAACAAGUUUCAGUUUCGGGAAGUUUUUGGAAAAGUUGGCUGUUGUAUUGCGAAAUGGCGUCGUCCAAUUCACUGGUGUCCUCGUCGGCCCAAGUCAAGAUGGGCUCUGGCCUCAACCGCAGCCACAGCCAGGGCAGUUUCAGCAAGAGCAGUGGUGGGGGAGGAGGAGGGGCUGUGAUGAGCGCUUCUCCUGCCAGCCCCAUCUACCCCAACACACUGAGCAGUAUCAGAGAAACUGGCAUCAUUGACAAGCUGAUGCCAACAUUUGGAUUCAUCAUCUGCUGUGAGAGAAACGAGUCAAUCUUCUUCCAUUUCUCCCAGUACAGUGGCAACAGCUCCGACCUGCGGGCUGGAGAUGAGAUAGAGUUUGAAGUUGGAACGGACUCUCGUACCAACAAGCUGAUCGCCCGGCGACUGGUGAAACUGCCGGCUGGAACCGUGUCUUUUGAGAGUAUCAGUGAAGAGAGACUCCUGGGGAAGGUGGACUGUGAGCCCAGGGUGGUCAGUGGUGGCUCUGGUGCUAGUGGAGAGGGAGGAGGCAAGGGAGGGAGGUCCAGCAAGGCGUACGCGGACCCAGGGAUGGGGAGGAUCAUCUACGAACGCAGCGGAGAGUUCUUCUUCAUUCCCUACGCCUUCACUGACGUCAACGAUGAGAGGGACAUCCACAAGGGAGACGAGGUCUCUUUCUACAUGGCCAAGAACAAGAGGUCAGGAGCUCUGCGGGCGAGACUGGUUCGACUGGUCCAGCCAGCCACGGUGGAGACAGUCCAGGGAAUUGUCAAGACUCUCAAAGACUCGUUUGGGUUCAUAGAGAGAGCCGACGUGGAGAGAGAUAUAUUCUUCCACUACAGUGAGCUGUCUCAAGGGGCAGAGAGUGAGAUGGCUAUGGGAGCAUGUGUAGAGUUUGUCAUCCAGAGCAGACAGGGAAAGGAGGUGGCGACCCAGAUCAAGGUCCUCCCAUCAGACUCGGUCCAGUUUGACUCGGUGGCAGAGGAGUUGUUCCAGGGAGCAGUGAGGACACCCGUCAUACGCUCCUUCACCCACGGCCGCGGGAAGGAGCUGGAGCCACAGCCUGGAGAACUCGUCUACCAGUCUGAGGGGGAUGGUAUCACAAAUCUCCCCUACGCCCACAACGACCAGGGAAUGAUAGCAGCUCUGAGGGAUGGAUUUGGUUUCAUCAGAUGUGCCGAGAGAGACAUGCGACUUUUCUUCCACUUCAAUGAAGUCAUUGACACUGAACAUAAGCUGACUCAACAUGAUGAGGUGGAGUUCACUGUCCAAAACGACUACACCAAUGAGAGGCUGCAUGCAGUGAGGGUCAAGAUAUUGACUCCUGGAUCAGUGCAGUUUGAGGAGGUAUCAGAGAGGGUGUUCUCAGGGAGUGUGGAGGACGAGUUGCCAGGAGAGUGUGGCAGGAACAAACCCAACAUACUCAAGAUACAGGCAGACGGUGACCGUGGGACCAUCCACUACCUGGACUCCUCGGGGGAGCCCCAGGUCGUCAGCUACUACUGGGCAUCUGAGGCCCUCCAGUUCGGGGACCAGGUGGAGUUCAGAGUCGUCACUCGCAGCUACGACAAACUGGUCACGGCCGUCGACAUCAAGGUCAUCCAGAAGUCUAAGGACAUCCGUUUUAGGGGGUUUGUGGCGACUCUGAAGGACAGCUAUGGAUUCAUAGAGUCAGAGGAACAUGACUGCGAGCUCUUCUUCCCCUUCAGUUCGUGUAACAAGUUUUGUGACCCGCGAGAGCUGGAGGUAAUGGAUGAGGUGGAGUAUUGCAUCGUCCGCAAGAGCAACAGACUGGCUGCUGAUGAGAUCAAGAAACUGCCUCGAGGAACCAUCACUACUGAACAGGUCCAGCCAGGGGUCCGUGAGGGGAAUGUCCUGAGACCGAUGAAGAGUUCUGAAGAUCCUCAGGACUACGAGGGACUCAUCAAACCUCUCUCCAAUGGAACCACACCCAACUCCACACACAACGGUUCUCCACUGCCUCCCCAGUUGCCCUACACUGCCACUAGUCUCAUUGACCACAGGAUCGUCCUCCAGGAAGGAGACCCGGUGCAGUUCCAGGUGGGACUGGCGGUAGAUGGAGGAGGAAUGAGGGCAGUCAACAUUGUCUCGAGACAUGCUUUCCUCAGAGGAAAUGUAGAGAGCAUCAAAGGACAGGGACAGUAUGGGUUCAUUAGUUACCAUAACGAGGGGGGCCCGGGGAGUGUCUUUUUCCACAUGAACUCCCUCACGGGGGGCUGUGACCCUGGUGACCUUCGACCUGGGGACGAGGUGGAGUUCCUCAUCAGUGUCAGUCACAAGACCCAGAAGACCAGUGCCAUCCACGUCAAGAAACUAAGUGCAUCAGUGAGGCCUGACAGACUCAUCAGGAGAACCUCCAUGCCUAACAACCUCACCUCAACUGUGAUAAUCCGUCAGCCAAAGGGUCCAGAUGGGACUAAAGGGUUCUCCCAGCAGUAACAAUAGUCUUACACAACUCACAGUGGGCUCUCAUUCAAACAUGUGUACAUGCACCCCAUGUGGUGUAUGUCUGAGUGAGUAGCUACACUUGUGCAGUUGUAGGAAUACAAGAUAAGAAAAAAAGAACUAAGCCACAAGAUCAUGACACUCUCAGAAUUCUAAUUUUACUGUAGACUGAAAUAUUGUUGUUUUAUUGUAAGACAAGUGUGUCUUGCGUAGGUUUUGCCAUAACGUACUAGUUUACCCACCC